UUUUCCUAAAACUAAUCAAGGCACAUGUCUUAAUCCAACUAAUUAUAAUUUUUUAACGUGUAAGAAUUUCAUUAGAGUCAGCAAAAUCUAUCUAAUAUGUUAAUAAAUUAAAAUAUUCUCAUGAAAAUAUUUAGUUAUAGAAAUAUAAUUAUUGAUUAAAUUGUUCUAAAUUUAGAUUAUUAAUAUUAGUUUAAGUUCAAUGUUUUGGAAAGAAAAGAAUGAAGGAAGCACUUAUUAGAGCUAAUUACCAGUCAUGUGUAUACUAAUAUAUAUAUACUAUAAUUUACACUACUUUUGAUGUAUUAAUACUUCACAUAGAAAGCCAAAUAAUCUUAGAGGGCCAUCACAUCAACUAAUGUGAAAAUAUAUAUACAAAUAUUAAUAAUAAACAACAAAUAAUUAGCUUCAUUAUUGACUGUCUAGAAAACCACAUAAUUAUUAUUUUGAAGAUGUAACAUUUGAAUUUGAUUUUUAUAAUGAAAUCAAACGAAUUUUAAACACUAUAUAUAUGUAUGCUUAAUGUCUCUAAAAAGAAUCAUUCAUCUCAUAAUUCGAUAAGAAAUAGGCAAGGAAGAAGCGACAUAAAGUCGAAAUGGCCUCAGAGACUCAGGUUUUAGUGGACGACAAAUCUAGUGUUAGAAUCUUGACACUAAACAGACCAAAGCAACUGAAUGCUCUAAACUCCAACAUGAUCACUCGGUUGAUGCAAUUGUUCCUUGAAUAUGAGGAAGACCCUAAUGUGAAAAUCGUCAUCCUAAAGGGUCAGGGAAGAGCCUUUUGUGUUGGUGGCGAUCCUCUACCUGUUUUUCGUGACAUCGUCAUACAAGGCAAGUCAUGGAGAGUCGGUGCGGAUUUCUUCUCAGAACAAUACAAGCUCGACCAUUUCAUGGCCACGUAUAGCAAAGUUCAGAUUUCAAUUUUAAAUGGUAUUGUCAUGGGAGGCGGAGCUGGUAUCUCCGUCCAUGGUCGGUUCCGUAUUGCAACUGAGAAAACGGUUUUUGCCAUGCCUGAGACAGAACUGGGCCUCUUUCCAGAUGUAGGCGCCUCAUACUUCUUGUCAAGGCUCCCUGGAUUUUUUGGAGAGUAUGUUGGCCUCACUGGAGCUAGGUUAGAUGGGGCCGAAAUGCUUGCUUGUGGUCUUGCAACUCAUUUUGUGCCUUCAUCGAGGUUGAAUGCAUUAGAAGCAGAUCUUUGCAAAGUUGGUUCAAGUGAUCCAGUUACCUUUGCCUCAGCAAUUCUCAAUGCAUACACUAAGCAUCCGAAAUUGAAACAGCAUAGUGCUUACUACAGGUUAGAUGUUAUUGAUAGGUGCUUCUCGAGAAGAACAAUGGAAGAGAUUAUAUCUGCACUUGAGAAAGAGGCCACUGAAAAGCCAAAUGAAUGGAUCUCAGCUACCAUUCGAGCUUUGAAGAAGGCAUCACCAGCAAGCCUUAAAAUCUCUCUUAGAUCGAUAAGAGAAGGGCGGUUUCAGGGGGUGGGACAGUGUCUUAUCCGUGAGUAUAGAAUGGUGUGUCAUGUGUUGAAAAGAGAAAUAAGCAAAGAUUUUGUGGAGGGUUGUAGAGCCGUGGUGAUAGACAAAGAUAGGAACCCAAAGUGGGAGCCACGGAGUCUGGAAGAAAUGAAGGAUAACAUGGUGGAGAGGUACUUCGAGAGAGUGGAUGAAGAGGAUGGAUGGGAGGAUCUAAAGCUUUCACCAAGGAAAAACUUGUCUGCUUUAAUAAUCGCAAAGCUGUGAACUAGCUAGAGAAGGUGGUGAAGCUGAUGUGUGAUCGUUC